AUAUUCUAAGCGUUCGAGAGCCUUAACUACAUCACUUCCUGCUGCUGACGUCGCUACAAAGCAUCUUUCAGUCGUGAAACGGGGGAUAGUUUCAUGUCUGUCAGAGGAACACUAUGCUUCGAAGAACAAGAACAGCAAAGGUGUAUAAAGAGCCAGAGACGGAUGAUGAAUCUGAUGACACAACAGGCAAUCAAAAAGAUGACAGUGAGGGGUUAGAUGAAUGGUUGCCAAAUUUAAAUAGCAAAGGCAAAACUAAAGGAAGGCACCAGAAGGGGACAGAUGAACCUGCUGAAAAGAAAAAAGUCACCAAGAGGGUGGCCAAACCUAAAGAGCCAAAACCUAAAGCAGAGAGGAAGCCAAGAGCUGCACGGGUUCCUAAAGCGAAGAAGGAGAAGACUACUACAGAGCAACAAGCUGAGGAUGCAGUUCUACCGAAGCCUGAAUCACACCAGCAUGUGACAGUCAAAGAAGAGAGGUUGUCCAUCAACUUGAGCAGGGAGUUCAGUAAUAAUGCAGCUGUCCCAGGAGAUAUGUGUGAUGAGGGUCCAUCCUCCAGUCAACAUUUUCCCAAGAUGAAAAAAGAGGAGCCAGAUGACAGCUUCACCUUUGAGGAACCGGCUCAGAAGAAGCAGAAGACCACAAACAUGCCCCAGGGAAGACCUAUAAAACUCAAAUCGGGCAAUUCCUGUGUGGAAGACUUACAGAUGAAUUGGGAUCCCAUUCGGGUUCUUGCUGAGAAGACGGGUGUGGAGCAAUGGGUGUGUGUGAACAUUGCACAGCUCUUCCAGGAGGAGAACACUAUUCCCUUCAUGGUGCGCUAUAGAAAGGAGCUGAUUAACCAUAUGGAUGCAGAUGCUGUUCGAGACGUGCAGCUGACUCUUGAAGAGUUACGGUCAGUGGCCAAGAAGAGCAGAUCUGUUAUUCAAACACUAAAGAAGGAGGGAGUUCUUACUUCAGAGCUGGAAAUGGCUCUGAAGAACUGCACAACAGCUGAUGAAAUAGACCAUGUGUAUGCCCCCUAUAAAAAGGGCAGUAAGUUGUCCAAGGCCCGGCGAGCUAAGGAGCUAGGACUGGAACCUGUUGCGCUGGCUCUGCUUCAGGCACCCCAGACACUGGACCUGCAGUCUUCGAUCCAGCCCAACACUAAGGGGUUGUCGACCCUGGAUGAGGUGACCACGGGUGUACAGGAGAUCCUGGCAGAUAUGAUUGCAAAGGACAAAGAGACUCUCACCUAUGUCCAGUCACUGUGUGACAGGAGUGCAGUGACCAUUCACUCAUCAGUGUCUAAAACAGCCCUGAAAGAACAGCAACCACAGCAGGGCAAUCAGAAGAACAAACCGAAGGACAUUGCCAAGUUCAGCCUGUAUACUGACUUCACCUGCGACGUCCAGCGUAUCCAGCACCAUCAGACGUUAGCCAUUAACCGUGGGGAGAAUCUGAAGAUUCUGACAGUGAAGGUCAACAUCCCCGACUGGGUGAAGAAUGACUUCUGUAGGUGGUGCGUCAACGUCAGAUGGAGGCCACAGGGAUUUGCACGGCCAGAACUCAUGACAAUUUUGAAGAAUGCUGCUGAAGAUUCCUACAAGAGAUUCAUUCUGCCCUUUCUCAGUCGAGGCUACAGGACUAAGUUGACUGCUAGUGCAGAAAAAGAGUCCAUUGCCAUGUUUGUUCGUAAUCUGCGUCAGCGUCUUCUGAUGUGUCCUGUGCGUGGGAAAAUCAUCAUGGGAGUGGACCCAGGGUUUCACCACGGCUGCAAACUGGCAAUCCUGUCUCCUACCAGUCAGAUCCUGCACACAGAUGUGGUGUACCUCCAUGGCUCAGCUAAACACAAAGAGGCAGAAAAACUGCGCCAUCUUAUGUUCAAACACAGCUGUCAAACCAUUGUCAUAGGAAACGGCAAAGCAUGCAGGGAGACUGAAGCCUUCUUUACAGACCUAAUUAAACAGCGCUUCUUCAACCCCAUGGAUGUGUCCUACUGCAUAACAGAUGAAGCUGGAGCGUCCAUCUACAGUGUGAGUCCUGAGGCUGUUAAAGAGAUGCCUGACAUGGAUCCCAACUUAAGGAGUGCAGUGUCUAUUGGGAGGCGGGUUCAGGACCCUUUAGCAGAGCUUAUUAAGAUUGACCCCAAACAUAUUGGCAUUGGCACCUACCAGCACGACGUGUCGCAGAGUUUGCUGAGGGCAGCGCUGGACGGGGUGGUGCAGGAGUGUGUGAGCUUCGUGGGAGUGGACAUCAACAUCUGUUCAGAGACGCUGAUGAGGCACAUAGCAGGUCUGAAUGCAGGCCGAGCACGCAGUAUUAUGGAAUGGAAAGAAAAGAACGGACCUUUUCUCAACAGAGAGCAGCUGAAACUAGUCAAAGGCCUCGGUCCUAAGAGCUUUCAGCAGUGUGCCGGCUUCAUCAGGAUCAACCCUGAGACAGUACGCAGUAUCGGCUCUGGAGGGAACGAAGACCUUGAGAUUCCUCAGAAACAGACAACUGAGAAGAGAAAAGUCAAGGGCUCUAGUAGCACCUCUAACCGGUUUAACCCUCUGGACCAAACCUGCAUCCACCCUGAAUCCUACAGCAUUGCUUUGAGGUUCUUGUCUCAAAUAGGGGGCAGUUUGGAUCAGAUGGGUACUGCUGUUCUCAGGCAGAGUGUUGAGAGCAGUGUUAAGAGCAGUGGUCUGGAUGACUUGGCCAAAUUUCUGGACACCACACCUGAGACUCUACAGCUCAUUGUGGAUGGACUCAUUCAGCCGCCUGGCUUUGACAUUCGUCAGGAUUUUGAGCAGGCAGACUUCAAGCGAGAAAUUGUAUCCAUGAAUGACCUGCACGAUGGCAUGGUGCUGACGGGCCGUGUAACAAACACUGCUUUAUUUGGAGCCUUUGUGGACAUUGGAGUCGGCCGUUCUGGUCUCAUCCCAAAGCGUUUCAUCAGACCGGAUAAACUUCCUGUGGACCAGAGGCGAAGAAGCCUAGCUCUUGGCCCAGCCCUGACCCGUCGAGACAUGGACUCCACUAGACCCCUGAAGGUGUGCUGUGGUGUCUGGAACCAAGAUGUUAGCAGCAGAUUCUUUAAGUCCUGUAAGUUGCGAGGGCGCAUUAUCAUGGUGAAAGAGGCCACAGCCACUAGGGAAUACUGUUUCCAUGAAAGGGUGUACAUGGUCUGCAACAAUGCUUAGGUAGGUGGUACAUGUCAAAGUAACAUCCACAUGGAUGGCAGGACCCAAGUGCAUCCUGGUGCCAUGUGUUCCCCAGGUAAGCGACGCAUAUGCACCCAGCCAUCCAUGUGAUGUAAAAGAAAACGUGAUUCAUCAGACCAGGCCACCUUCUUCCAUUGCUCCGUGGUCCAGUUCUGAUGCUCACGUGCCCACUGUUUGCGCUUUCAGCAAUGGCCAGGGGUCAGCAUGGGCACCCUGACUGGUCUGCGGCUAUGCAGCCCCAUACGCAACAAACUGCGAUGCACUGUGUAUUCGGACACCUUUCUAUCAGAACCAGCAUUAACUUCUUGAGCAAUUUGAGCUACAGUAGCUCGUCUGUUGGAUCGAACCUCACGGGCCAGCCUUUGCUCCCCACGUGCAUCAAUGAGCCUUGGCCACCCAUGAUAAUAUAGAGGCAUGUUGUUUUCAAAAUUAAAUUGGUGUUUGCAUUAUCAUUGUACUAAAGCCAAAGCAAAUUAGUAAAAUGUUAUCUAAAUCUACUUCAUAUUAAGCUGACAGUUGUAAAAUUGGUAAAAAAAAAAGAAAAAAAAAAGAAUGAAAUAUAUAAAUAUCUUAAGUUAACAGUCUUAAGUUGUGUAAAAUUUAUAAAAUCUCCAAGCACCCCCUUGCAGCCCUGAGUUUAAAAACUUGUGGUAUAAUGGAUCUGAAUAUCUUCUGCAGUUAAUAAUACUCUUAUUAUUUAAUAUAAUACUACUUAAAUAUAUAACUUAAAUAUUAUUAAUAUUGUUCUUUUUACAUAGAUGUUUUUGUGUGUGUGUUUAAACCUAUUGUUACUGUAGUUGUUUUUCUAGUACAGCAUGAUUAUGAUGCCUGAAGAGGGCGUUUCAGAGGCCAGUGAUCCGAACACUAUUAUACCAACUGGAUGCUGUUGCUAUGAACCACUCAGGAUGCAGCCGCAGUCACAGAUGUCACCAAACUCAGGCCUGUUUGAUUGACAGCCACUUAUCAGGCAGAGAAUGGG